CAUCUUCUCCGUUUUCUCAUCCAGCGUCUCCACCGUCGCCACCUGACAUCGGAUGGUACGCCACAUGAUCUUCGAAGGAGCACGGAAGUGAAUGGGACCAAAUCAGUCAGCUUGGUGUUCAUACUCGGAAGCUGGUCUUGUUGGCCAAGCCGUCACUGGCCCAAGUUCCUUGUCACCCGAAGUCACAUCAAAGUCUGAAAUACCACAGGAAGAACUUCAGGGUGGUGUCAAGACUUUAUCCCAGAAACUAUCAGCAACUCUUCUAAAUAUCAGUAUCAAGGAAAACUUGGUCAAACAACAUUCAAAAGUAGCAGAGGAAGCAGUUGAAGUUAGGGUUUUGGGACGAUUGGAUCAUUGA